AUAUGAUUCGAUUCUGCAGCACAUUGAGCAAAUACGGUACACAACUCAUAGAUACAUUAUUCUAGCACAAAUGUGUACAAAUAUGCCAUCUAUAAGUUCAUGUUUUUCUUAAGUAGUUAACUAGGAAGUGAAUUAUACAAAUCAGAUGUACGAGCACUUACCAUAGAAACAGCAUAUAUAUACCAUCCAUGAAGGUUGGAAAAUGGCAGAAGAAUCAAUUAAUCCAGACGAACUGGAAAUAUUACCAGUAAAAUUUGUACAAGCAGCUUUACACAAAGGAAUGCUGCAAGAUGUAACACUUCAUAACGUAGAUGAAGUGACAUCAACGAGAACGGGAAAAUCUAUCGCUAACUAUGCAUUGAAGAAUAGGAAGUUUAGCAGAGAUGCAGUUAACAUGCUCAAUAGAGCAGCGUCUUUAUUUGUGUUAUAUAUAACGACACUAGCACAAGAUAUAGCAAAAAAUAAAAAGCGGACCACCAUAUACGAAGCUGAUAUUCUCGAAGCAUUAAAUACGGCAUUGUUCUGGGAAAUUGAAAGAGAGAUGUCAGAGGAUAUGAAUGAAGUAAAUGAACUUUUAAAAAUCAGACAAAAGCAAAUGCUGGAACAACAGGCACAAUUACCAAACAACCAAAACAUCUCAAAUCCAGUCAACGCCGAUAUCCAAAUGGAACAGAACGAAGAAACCGAUGCAUCAUAUGUGUAUAAUGAAGAACAUAGUGAACUGUAUAUAGAGGAGGAUGAAAUAGGCAUUGAUGAAACCUAUAGCAAUAUAGAAGAUGAAGAUACAGACACAAAUCCCAAGGAGGAAUCGACAUCCAUGCUUAAUGAAGAUACAAUGGAAGAAGAAGACCAAUUUAAUAGUUAUAACACAGAUGUAACAAUGGAAACGACCUACAACAAAGAAGUACCGGAGGUCAAUACGGUAGACCCAAUGGUAAUAACCACGGGUCAAGAUGAUGAUGUAGACUUUACACAAAACGAUAAUCCUUGAUCAAGUGCUUACGACAGGUACCGUGAUAAAUCGCAAUCCAUAGAAGAUAUGUAAUAGUGCAGUCGUUAUGGAAUACAAGAUACAGUUACAAGCUACGUCAUUA